AUGAACGACUUGGACGGCCUGUUCGCCCCCGAUUUCGGCCUCAAAUCGCAGGUCAAAUCGGCCCCAAUGUCCGCCCCCAAGCCCUCCCCCAAUUCCCGAUCCUUUCCCGCCGACCCAGAUCCUGUUUCGAGCUCCCAGGGCGCCCAGAGAUCGGAGAACCUCGAGAAUUAUGGUGGGUUCGACCGUACGAAGGACCCAGAAAGCCGGAUUUCGUGCGAGCGGCGGUGGCCACUUCGACGAUCUUUAGCUGGAGUUGGGAAGAAGGACGACGGUCCUAGGAGUAGAGCUGCGAAGAACGGGGAUAAGGGUAUGCAGCAUUUCGAUGCUUUGUUACCUGGGUUUGGGAGGAAGUCUUCUCCGAUCGGAAGACCAAAUCCUGAGUCAAGUUGGUCAUCUAGGCCUAGGACUCACACUAGUAAAAUGACAGAAGACCCCUUUGUGGUAUUGGGAUCUACCUCACCCCAUGUUGCCUCAUCUUCUAAUAAGACAGGUAAUGCUGGAAGCACGGCAGCUGAUGGUUCAUCUGCUUCCGCCGGCGAAAUCCACAAUGGUUCGGAAAUGCUUAGUAGUAUUAGAAAAUCCGCACCAUCCUUUUCAUUCAAUAAGAAUGACCAGUCAAGGAGGGAAAUGAAUGUGAGAAUGGCAGCAAAUUUCAACAUACAUCUUUUGACAUGGCUUCAGGCUUGAACCGCUCCCAUAAAUCUACUGGCCAGACUGCUUCUUCACCAAUAAAUGGGAAGGGUAGUAUUCAUGACACAAAGACCCAGGGCGACAGCUCCCCUUGGUCUGAACAGA